AGUGCAUUUCAGUUCCUCGUUGCAUCUCGGCCCGGAUGCGGAGCCGGUCCUGAAAAGCCCGCCAAAGCGCGAAAAUUGCGAGUGCACCCUCGUGCUUUCGCCCGAGUCCGAUCGCGGCAAGUGGAAGUGAAAGUGAACCCCCCCCCCACACACACACACACGUUGCAAACGCUUAUGAGUUGACUAAAGGCGGAGUUCCCAUACCUUACCGAAGAAGCACCUCCUAAACGCGUUGCUCCAUAGAUGCCGGCCGGCAGAUGACCUCGUGAACGCAGCACGAGAACUCAUUGAGCUCCUGCACCAAGAUGACGUCAGGGGGCUUCGUGACGAGCCUCGUGCGGAACAUCGUGACGGCCAAGAAUGACGUCAUCAUCGACUCCUUCGAGGAGGCCAAACUCGGUGACACCGCCAAACACUACAUCUCCGUUCCAGUCAGUCUCACCGUCAAGGGCAGAUACAAACACAACGAUGCUCCGUUCGAGGUAUCCUUCUUCGCCAAGCGGCGUCUGGACAAUCCGUCCUUUUUGGAGGGCGGGCUGGCGCGCCUGUUCGGGAACGAGAAGUUCGUCUACGAACGCUUGCUCCCGGCCCUGGAACAAACGUCCGGGGAGGAACUACCACGGCCCACCUUCUACGGUGCCUCCGAAGAUUACCUCCUCCUCCAGAACCUCGUCACCUCCGGCUAUCAGACCGCUGACAUGUUCGCAGGGGCUGAUCUCGAGCUUACGCGACUCGUCCUUCAGAAACUGGCUUGCUACCACGCGUCCUCGCUGAAACUGAAACGCGAGAAGCCGGAGUCAUACGCGACCAUGACGAAAGCCAUGCCGGUCUCCUUCAUGCUCCAGUGGCUGGACACUUUCAGACAAUACUCGGACAGCACCAUCCUACCCGCGUUCGACGCUCUUGCGGCCGGUGGAUUGACGGAGAUAGCCGAGUAUAUUCGCGCCCACGACAUCUUCACAUUCGACGGAAUCCUCUCGUUCUUCAGUGCCCAGGCCCAGGACGAGGGGCUCAACUUGUUCAUCCACGGGGACACCAAACUCGAUAACAUGAUGUUCCUCUAUCGCAAUGAAGGCACCGGGUCCGGGAAGGUGGUCGACUUCAAGUUCAUCGACUUCCAAACGGUUCGCGAGUGCUCGAUCCUGGUCGACGUCCUCCUCUUCCUGGGGACAUCGGUCAACGUGGAGGUGUUCGCGUCCUCCCUGGACGACCUCCUCGAGUUCUACCUGGCCGAGUUCCUGUCCGCGUGCCAGCGGAUGCACAUCGCCCACCCGCCCACGCGCGAGGCAUUCCGCCGCGAGCUGCGCCGGAUCAGCGGCGGCGCCCUCCUCGCCAUCGCCUGGUACCUCCCCAUCCACACGAUGGACUUCAACAAGGACGUCGACUGGGGCUCCGUCGACAUCGAGGAGAUGAAGGAGAAGUUGGCGCAGGCCGACCGGACGCGGUUCAACGCCAAGUUCCAGGUGUACGCCGCGACCCUCGCCCAGUAUUUCAUGGACCGGUAGCGUAGAUGGGGUGGGUUCCCGAUUGAUGCACCGAAAAACAAGUGAAGUUGAUGUGGACUGCGUUAAGCAGAGAGGAAUCUAGCCACAUGAGCUAUUGCCAAA